UCUGCUGGGGCAGCCGCAGGGAGAGGAGAAUGGAAAAUGUCAUAUUAAGUCUGGACCCCUCUGCCCUCCGUCUCUAUGGUAGCACUUCCUGUGUCAUGGCUUCGGCGCCCACAGGCGCAUGCGCGAAGCUGUCCUGUCGCGUCUCUAUGGACGCCGUUUCGCUCGCCCAGCCAGUGCGCAGGCGCAGCAGAGGGAGCGGGAAACGCUGUCGGAAUGGAGUCUCCGCGGGGCCAGUUCCCGACCCUGACCGCGCAGGAGAAGGCGCAGCUGAAAGAGAAGUUGGCUUUACUGAAAAGAGAAUACAGCAAAACAUUCCACAGGUUGCAGCGUGCUGAAAGAGCUGAAAAAGUCAAAAACUAUGUCAAGAAAACAGUCGCAAAGCAAAACCUGUACCUUAUGCAGGAGGAAGCUGAAAAGGACCUUGCAGAAUGCAUCAGCCAGACAUCUCCAGAUGGUUCCUGCUCCGAGAAGUGCAGUGCAAAAUCGACAUCUGUUGCCUUCAAGCCUGAGCCCUUCAGCCUAGGCUGCUUGCCAGAAAACUCAACUUCUCUGUGUAGCAACCAGGGCCGCAAACGGGUGCUCUUUAGUCCCGUGGGGUCUGUUCCUGAGAGAAGCCAGGAUCUUGUGUCAAGAAGCAGAACUAAAGAGCGACAGAGAGCAUCACUGGCUUUGGGGGAGGGAGGAGGAUCUCUGUGUGAAGCCACCCGGAGAAAUGCUGCAUGCCAGCCAGGGUGUGAAACGGCCAGUGUCAAGGGCUCCAGGUCGCCGGUCUUCACGAGAAGCAGCAUUUUGGAGCCUGACCCUGACAUCCCAAAGGCCUCUUCAGUGGUCACAGUUAAAGGAAGAGGCACUGAUGUUCCUCCUGUGUUACUGCCGCUGGGAAGUUUCCAGGAAACACCUGGGAAACCCAACUUUCCUGGAGAAUCCCAUCCAUCUCUUCUUGCCCUGUCGUAUGAAAACCAGGAGCCCACACCUGAGCAUCUUUGUGAGGAAGGAAUCUCUGCAAACGCGCAGAAUGAAUCUCCCCAGAUGGCACAAGCACGGAUGGAUGAGGAAGAGCCAGGCAGGCUGGCAGAUUUAGCUGUGACCAGGGGGACUUCCCAGGGAGACCCAACUGCCCCUCAUGCUUGUGGGGAUGAAAUGCAUAAACAAGGAAGCCAAUGCCAGGCGUCUCAGAGCUCAGUCCUUGGUCAUGGAGACUCUCCUACCAGCAAGCCAAGUGAAAAGGGUUUAGGGGAUCGGCUUGAAGAAACUGGGUCUCCCCUCCUGGAGGGGUCUGCUGCCACACCUGCCAAGGAUGUGCUUGGCUCUUGCACAGUGGUUGAGGGUCUUCUGUUUCCUGUUGAGUAUUAUAUAAGGACGACACGGCGAAUAUCCAGCCACCAGAGGGAGGUGAACUUGGUGGCCGUCAUUCAAAGCCAGCUGGGGAAAAGUCGGAAAGGGCAGAGAAUUAAGAGUAAGGAGAGGAACACAGAUCCAGCCCUGUCGUCCUUCCAUGGGCCGGCAGAAAGUGAUGAGCGACUGAGGGCUGUUCCUUCCUCACUUCCUGGUGCCGAUGCAAGUCCUGGAAAGGAAGCUCCUCCUCCGCAGUCUCUCUGUAACGAAAGCACAGCUUCUGGCAGAGGCCUUGCGCACAGGACGGGUCUUUCUCAGCACAGAAGAAGGGGAAGGCCAAGAAGGAGGUCUCACCGUAGAGCGUUGUCCUGCUUGUCGCAAGACCCAGCAGAGGACUUGGAGCUGGCCAUUCCCAAGGGGGACGGCUGUCUCGCGUUGAGAGAAGCUCAAGAAAUGAAGGAAAGCUUUCGACGCAAGGCCGGGGUGCUCAGCGAGACAGCCAGCGGCAGCAUGGAAGCAAAACAGAAUGGCUGGAAAUGGCCGACAGUGUCUUCCCUUUCUGCUGCCGUACCCCAUAAGGCUGAGGUGGCGAAUGUGGGGGCUGGGGCUGGCGCCAGCUUUGUAGGGAGCCUGGAAGGAAACAGUGAGACGUGUCUUCCUGAGAGUCAGCCUCCUGGGCCGAGUGGGGCCAGUCUGGUGCAAGCGGGUGAAGUGUCCUUGCCUCACUGUGAGACCCUGGCUGCCUUCCUGAAAGGCAAGGGGCUGAGAGCGUCCCAAGGUAGAAGAGGAGCUGGCCCGCCGGUGAGGUCUUGGGAUCCUGUUUCUCUUUGCCUCUCUGGGACAGAUGCUGGCAAAUUCCCUCUUCCUUUUCAUGCCAAGGAUAAUAAGGCGUCCAGUCUGAAGUGGCUGCCUUGUAGCUUGGACCUCCAAGAAUUCCACCUACCUGAAGAUGAAUUUGGGCUCCUUAAAUUGGAAAAGCUCAAAGCCAGUGCUGUGAAUCCACUGGAGAGUUUUGACAGUGGCAAGUCAGCUGAGUGCCUCCCGUAUGCUGGCGAAAGCACCCUUGACAAAGGAUCGGCACUGGAAGAGAAUCUCAUUCCUCUAGAGCAAGAGGCACCAAUCCGGGCACCCUUUCCAGGUCUUCCUGAGCUGCUCUCCUCUCCUGCCUUGGAGGGUGUGAGCAGUCUGCCAGAGUCCCAGCUGCCUGCCCCAGUUUUCCCCCUUGUGGGGGCAACCCCGGCCUCCCAGGCCUUGCCGCUCACAUUUUGUGAAUCUGCUGUGCAAACACAAGCAUGCCCCGCAAGUGCGCCAGGUGACUUUACAGGUGCUUCUGCCUUGUCGAGGAGCGGGCAGGAGGAGAAGGAGCGACGUGGCCGAAGGACGCCUUCAUUGUCGCCAGGCCAAAAGGGAGUGAGCUGGGACCCUGGUGAGGCUGUUGGGAGCUUUGGGGAGGAGAGGCAGCUGCCAGCGGGCGAGUCUGUUGAACCCUUCAGGGAAUCUCCCACACAGAGUGGAAUACCAGUAGAAGACCCAGCAGAGGACAGCCAGAGGAAAGGGAGCUUACGGAUGACCUCAGAAUUAAAGAGUUGCUCUGGUUCGUCUUCAGUGGAUGUGGGCACCGUGUGGUGGGAAGCUGCUGGCUUCACGGAGUUGUGUAUCGUGACAGCUAGCGAGGCUUCCGUUUCCCUUUGGAGGCACCUGGAGCCCGGGCACUGGGGCGCAGUGUACACCUGGCACUUCACAAAGGUUCCAGUCAUCCAGAUUGUCCCUCUGCCCGGUGUCAAGAGCCUUGUAUGUGUUGCACUGGGAGGUCUGGAGAUCGCAGAAAUCAGGUUCUUGUUCCAGUCUUCUGAAGAUGGCUGCGUUGAAGAAUCACUUAUGAAAGCUGGAAACAUAAACACUGUUCUUGGACUGAAGAACAGCAGGCUGGUGGUCAGUGGCUGUGGGUCCCUCCAAGAGCAAGAAGUGGAAGUCUUCUCUUUCUCUGAGGCAGGAAGGAGCAAUGGGAGGCAGGCUUUGAUGCCUCCUGAAGAGACCGUUUUGGCUUUUGCUGAAGUGGAUGGGAUGCCAGAGGCUUUAGUUGGCAUCACCACCUUGAACUCUUUGGUGAUCUGGAACCUGAGAACAGGUCAGCUGCUGAGGAAGGUGCCCCUUGGCUGCUGCUACCCACAAUCUGUCUGCCACAAGGCCUACUCUGACUCGGGCCUCCUGUUCGUAGUUUUGAGUCACCCGCAUGCCAAGGAGAGCAAGUCAUGUGGGAACCCUGCCUUCCAGGUAGUUGCACUCAACCCCAAGACAGCGAGGAGCACCAGGCUAAUGUUCUUAUCACUUCCCAUGGGGAUCGCAGGAAGGUACUCGGAAGGUGAAGUGAAGGGUGCUUCAGCAGCAGCUGUGCUAACAUCUGGAACCAUUGCGGUGUGGGAUUUAUUUCUGGGACAGUGCACAGCUGUGCUGCCCCCCAACCCUGAGGGCAGCUGGUCUCUUGUCAGGUGGUCGGUCACAGAUACCUGUUUGCUGGCUGGGCAGAAAGAUGGCAAUGUUUACAUCUACAGUUACACAGGAAGCUCACACUCUGGUUUGAGGAACUCUCUCAGUUAGAAGAGUUGCUUUGGACAAAAUUUCCUGUAUUUGAAGAACUUCCCAGGACUAGAUCAUUUUCUCUGAGAGGCCAAAUGCUUUCA